AUGGUACGGUUCAGAGUCUGCAAGUCAGUUGCUGCACUUCAUGCUUUCGGCGAGCUUAGCAAACACCUGUUUUGCCUCAUCAGGAUCGCCGCUAUGAUGCAAGGAAGCAUAAACCGAAAAAAGGCUGCACUUAUUGACAUUCGAGAUAUCUGCGCCCGGAUAUUAGAGCCUGAACUUCCACUUGCUCUCCGUCUCUCCGGGAUCCUAAUGGGUGGUGCGGUCAUUGUGUAUUCAAAGAAAGUCACGUUUCUUCUGGAGGAUGCCAAAGCUUUCAUGGCAAAGAUUAACGCGGCCCUGGUUGUGAAGCGAGAUGACAAAACGCUGCCGAGGGAGAAAGGCCAAGCAAGGUUUGGGGUUGAUGAUCAACCACCUAUGACAUUUCAAGACGAAGGUGCUGCCGACGCGAUGUGGCAAGACAUUUUGAAGGGGAUGAAUUCGCCGAAGCCGAGCACCCCUCAAGGACCUCACCCAGAAACCAUCAUUGAAGACCAGCAAGAAGCAGGCCAGCCACAAAAUAUUCGGGAUCAGACCGCUGCACCUGAGUCUCCUGAACAAAAUGAGGCUCCAAAGCGAUCACGGCAACUUAAACGGAAGGCACGUCCAAAGAAAGUUGUUAUGGAUGAGGAUAGGACAGAGGUGGCCCCGAUGGAAUUCAACCGAUGGCUGCAAGACACGUCAAAAGAUCGGAAGGCCCUUCUGGAAAAAUCCCUUGAAUCUCUCAUUGACCUUCCCUUGACUGGAAGUAUCACAAUGGACGGGUUUGUAGCUUCCAGAUGGUCUAAAGGAAUGAUGCGGACGUGGAACAGAUAUGUACGAAAAGAUACAUUCAGAAGCGAUCCUGAAACAUACGAGAUGCAUGCCUCGAAGAAAGCUCGUAUGGAAAGUGGAAGUGACAAGGACCCUGAGAUGCCAAAUCAGGCCAUGCUUGAUGAUUUCGGAUCUGCUGAAGCUAUGAGGGAGAGAAAUGAGACGCCAGUAGUGGCAGAAAAUGGCGUACGACGUGAUGACGUGACUCCACCUGCUCAAGGGCUUUUGGAUCUUGAACGAACAAAGAACUCUUCGGGUGGGGUCCCACUUCCAAUGGAGGAGGAAAAUCAACCAGACUUCUAUAGAGGAAACCGUCCUCAAAACAUAGCAGAUUUCUUGAUUGAAGGCUCGCCACAGAUUCCUCAAAACUUGGCUGAUGAUUUAACUGCUCAAUUUCCCGGGCAGAGUGCUGAAAAGUUUUCUUCCAAACAUAGCAGCAGUGGACUGCGAGGUGCACUGAGCCAGUUUGGUGUAUCCGAGCCCUUGCAAGAAACGGAUGCAACACAGACACAAUUCCCUGCAACUUCCAUUGACAAGAGGACAGCAUCUCUUGCUGGAUUUUUCCGCCAGCAAGUCUUCAGCAAUCCAGAAAUUAGAUUCGCAUCACUGCAUGAACUUCUAGCAGACUGCAACAGGCAGCAAGCAGCCCGCAUCUUUUACCAAACAUGUGUUCUUGCAACGAUGAACUACCUCAAGGUCAAGCAAGCCACUCCUUACAGUGAUAUUGAGAUCCUUGCGGGAGGAUUUUUGUGA